CCUGGCAUUCAGGUACAGCUCCCUCCCUCCCUCUAUAAAGCCUCUAAUGUUAGCGGUGUGAUCCCUAAACUCAUGGCAGAAUCUUCACAGAACUAUUUUAUUAAAAAAAUUUAAAAAACUCCUAACCCCUGGAGGUGCCUGAGCUCCAAGCCAGAAUGAGAAUCUCCCUGCAGACGCUCCUUUGCUGCUGUGUCUUCACUGCUGCCCUGCCACCGGUCAAUGCUGCCACAGGAGAGCCGGACACCACCCUGAAGAAAAGGUUCAGAGUUUGGCUGCUGAACCACGCGAGGCGGGAAAUGCAUCGCAGCCUGACGACGGCUGACGGGACGUCCUCCGACCUCCGCGGUGGGACAGCUCCAUCCCCAUCAUUAAGCCCGGUCAUACGAUCCAAAAGGUCAACAAAACCGUCCGGCUGCGCCCUGAUCACAUGUCUGUACCACGACCUGGUCCACCUGCUGCACGAGACAAACAACAAGCAGAGGGAGCCCUGCGCCCCCCCCAAAAAGAUGGGCUUCAACGGUUACGGCCGGCGCCGCCGCUCCCCCUCAGAGCUGUCUGAGCUUUCAGUCCACGGCGGGAGCGACAGGAGGUGCUGUGAAGAGCUGCUGCAGGAGAGCAGGAAACGCACAAACCCGUAGUGGCCAAUGGGAGGCGUGGAGGAAAUCUUCAGUCGGGCUUGUUUGCCAGCUGCAAGUGAAGACUGAGCCCCUUGAGAAGUUUCGUUCCACAGAUUCACAGCUGCUCGCUCUGCAUCAGAAGGAGCUCAGGUCACUCUGGGUGAAGGCUAAUUCACUAAAGCUAGACAAGAUUGUCCAGACUUGCUAAGGUGCAGCUUUGAUCGUCUUUGAUUGAUGAGUUUGGAUCAGAACAUUCAUGUGAAGACACAAGCUUUCAAACACUCGUGAACUGAGAAAAAUGCCCCAAAACUGCUAAUCUCAAAAUAAAAGGAAGAUGUGAACUACUUACGUGCAAUAUAGACAACAUGUACCCAUCCUAUAGAUGUUGUAGUUAGAUAUAUGUUUUUUUACCACUUUGUACCACUGCAUAGUGAGAAAUCCUCAGUUUUAAACAUUUGUUUAUGAUUUCAUAACUGAAACAAUUUUAAUUUUAACUUAAAUAAUGUAUCUAAAGUGUGUAAUAAAGUUUGUUCUUGCGUGUGAAUCAUCUUGGGAGCUGUGACAGGCAGACGAGGCGCUUCAUGAACAGAACUGUGCUGCCAUCUAGCUUUCAGCCUGAGCUGCUGAGAAGGGCUUCAGCAGGAACAUCCAAUGAAUGCAGUUCAUCAUGAUGUCAUCACAGUCCAGUCCCAAAUCAAACGUUUCCUGACUCAAGCACCAGAUCACGUCCAGCUGUUUGGGUUAGAAAAUCAUUAGAAACUCCAUCACCUGUUGGACGUGAGCGCUCCAGUUGAGUCACUGUUACUGAGCUCCACAUUCCAGUCUAAAAAUAACAGGCUGUAUGUCUUAAAAAAAGAGCACAAUUGAAUUAGUCUCAGAGUGCUACGAUCCAGAUAUUGUGCAAUUUGUUCUAAAUUAAUCUCGUAAAUCCUGUUUUCUCCUGUGUGAGGACCAGAUGCGGAAAAUCAACGUAGAAUUUAACCUCUGAUAACUGCAGAGUUUUGCACUGUGUUGAUGAUAAACUUAUGAGAUGAGAGAUCUUUAUGAACAUGACAUAGUUCCCUUCAGAAUAAGACGGUGUUAAGGUUAGCAGAGUUUAGAGCGGGGGAUCCGGCCCCCGGGCCUUGGCUUUAACACGUGUUCUAAAGAAACUUCAGACUGAAUAAGAGUGUACCAAAAAACAAAAAAAA